AAGGCGUGCUGUCGGCAGAGGCAGGCAGAACAACAGUGACAGAGCAGCUGCUAACAAAGCGCACUAACAGCUUCUGAUCUUCAGGCUUCAGCAGAUCUUCAUUCAGAAAAAGAUGGAAUCCCAAAGGAGCGGCUACAUCCUCAACAUGUCCGAGGGACUGGACUUGGAGGUUUCACGUCAUCCACUGACAAUGAAAUGUGUAGCCAACCUCAUCAUUGCCAUGGAGAGGAUAAAGGCCAGCAUUUCAGAGCCGGUGCUGAGCACCGACUUCCAGGAUGAACACCUGCUUUCGAUCAUGCUGGAGAGCAUCGUGGAAGAGCAAACUGUGAUAGAGAGGACAGCUGCACCAGCUCAGUUCAGCAGGACGGGUGAGCUCCAGUGCUCCAUCACUGACAGCCAGAAGAGGGAUUUAAUUCUGGUCCAAAGCAGCAUGGAGCUGCAUGCAGUGAUGCUGCAGGGAGGCAGUGACGACCGCAAAGUGUUCCUGAACAUGGCGACCUACGUGCACCCUACACCCAUCGCUGAGGCCAGGCCCGUCGCUCUGGGCAUCAAAGACACAAACCUCUAUCUGUCCUGCCACGAGGACGGCGACAAGCCAACCCUCCAUCUGGAGGAGGUGACGGACAAGAACAGCCUGCUGAGGGUGAGAGCUGAUAGUGAGAUGGUGCGAUUCCUCUUCUACAAACGGGACAGUGGGCUCAACAUCAGCACUCUCAUGUCUGCCCGCUGCCCCAACUGGUACAUCAGCACAGCACAGGAUGACCAGCAGGUGGUGGAAAUGUGUGAGGAGAGCGCCCACCGCUACAGAAGCUUCAACAUCCAGCGCCAGAGUUAAAAGCCAGCAAAGAUUCUCAGGGUGGAGCGUGGAUCUGUGUGUGGGUCUGCAGUUUGACCUUCUUACUGUAUGUACUGGGUACAGAAAGCAGAAUGAUACUGUAAUAACAUCAUCAAGGUGGCAUCUCAAGGUGGCUCUGAUGAGGGUCUGAUGUAUUUAUGAAAAGAUUUUCUAUUUAUUUAUCAGUGAUUUGAUGUAUUUAUUCAUCUAUUUAUGCACCAUUGAAAGAGUUGUUAU